CGGGGAGAACGGUGUGGAGGCAUUGGUGAGAGGAUGCAUAAAGACGGCGAGGGGGCCGUGGAAGGUGGAGAAGAAGACGAAGAGCGGGAGGACGACGGUGACGAAAUACCGGUACCCGUCGGAGAAGGAGAGGGAGAGGAACAAGGAAAGGGAGCAGAAGCGGCGGGCGGUGGCGAAGAAGAUAUUCCAGGGCCUUCGUGCUUACGGCAACUAUGAGCUUCCCAGCCACGCCGACUCCAACCAUCUCCUCUUUGCUCUUUGCCGAGAAGCCGGCUGGAAUGUUCAACCGGAUGGCACCCUCUCUAAGUCCAUGUCAAGCAGUAUAGAAGGGGGAGCCAAAUGGUUGGUUAACAAAAUCAAAGGAAAAGUUCAAAAGCCAUUACCAGAGCUGCUUAAAGAGUAUGAUUUACCGAUCGGCAUAUUUCCUCGGGAUGCUACGAACUAUGAGCUAAACGAAGAGACAGGAAAGCUGACUGUGUAUAUACCCUCUGUAUGUGAACUGUGCUACAAAGACUCCUCCGUUUUGAGAUUCAAUACAACAGUGAAUGGGCGUCUUGAGAAAGGGAAGCUAUCUGACAUUGAAGGAAUCAAAACAAAGUUUGUGAUUUGGGUUAAAGUCUCUGCAAUCUCUUCUGAGAAUUCCUCUAAAGUUCUUUUCUCAGUUGGUAUGAAGAAAUCAAGAAAUAGGGAUGCUUAUGAAGUUAGCAGAGAUGGAAUAAGUGUAGAUAAGUUCUAAUUAUUAGUGACAUCAAACUGGAAAUGGAAAAUGUGUGAACUCUCACUUUUAAUAUGCACUAAAAAGCUCAAUUGUUUUGCUCUUGAAAAGCUUUAAAACAUUAUUAGUAAGAGUAAAGGGUCAGUUUAGUCCUCGAAGUUGCAAAAAAG